GGUUUCAGGGUCAUACCCUCAUAAACCGAUUGACUAUGUCASGCUGUCUAACUGCAUACGGUCCAAAAUACUGAGGCUAUAUGUCCUGUACAAAGACAUGGAGGAAGUGAAAGGGAAAGGGAGGGGGAACGGGUGGCGGUGCCUGGCUGCAUGGAGGCAAACAAUCAGUGAACGCAUGAACUCAGAAGACAGGUUCAGCAAACAAUGGUUCUGACUGGGCAUGCUCCAUAUCAUUCUCCACUCGUAUUCUCCUUCCUCCUCUUCUUCUUCUUCUUCUUCCACGGUGUUUCCAGAACAACCGCGUCUCUUCUUCGAGUCAAUUCUGAGUAUUCUCAAGAGAAUCAUCACCGCGAGCAUUGCUCAGUCAGAGAACACGGAGAACAGAGGACGUGCGCGUUACCUUCCUGCCUCCUGUCCUUCCGUGUUCAUACUUCAUGUGGUGUCACAGUGGACUACUCGCUCUCCUGCAGUCUCGAACACGAGGGAAUCACAGGCAUUGAUCCGCCAAAAAAUGCAUACGUGAAAACAACAAUUUACCCCGCUGAAGAUAAACACAGUCACAGACAUCUUGCGCGGGAAAAUGCGCGGCGCCUGAUCUAGUCCUAGUAGGCUAAAGCUACCGGUUGCUGUCCAACUGUUUCGUUCAAGGGAAAACUUGAUUUGAAUGUGUCGUUUUCGGGUCGAAGGUGAGCGACAGUAGAUACACGAGAGGACGAAUAGCAUUCUAAAUAGCAAGCAGAGUGUCUCCGAGAGAGAGAGAGGGAGGGACUGGUGCUGUCCUUUCAGCACCACGGCAAGCAGUCACACACCCGCAUUCACCUUGCAGUCUAUGAAUAUCAUUAACUAAAGAGAGUCUUUGUGUUGGAUUCGGAUUAGAAAGAAUGAACAACACCCAUUUUUAUCUUCUUCACCUUUUGGAUUUAAACCACCAUCCAUUGUUGUGGAUUUAAACCACCAUCCAUUGUUGUGGAUUUAAACCACCACCAUCCAUUUUUAAUUGCAUGCCAUUGGCUACACUGGCUAUCAUUUUAGGAUUUAAAUGUUUUCCCUCUGGUAGGUCUGGUGGUUGAUUUCUACGACAGGCUGUGGAAACAUUGGGGCAUCCGGCAUCAUCAGUGGGAAUAUGUGCUGAUUAGUCCUAUAGGCCUGCACUAUUUAGGAUAUAUAGCUUGCAACCAGCAGCAGCCUAGACGUAACUCUUCCCUCUUCCUCCCCUGGUAACCCUGGUUGUGCAUGUGUUGCACUUGCAUGCGUUUUCCCCCCCUCCCACUGUGGCGUGCGGUGCUCAUAGAGUUGCCGUUGUGAUGCUGGGAACUUAUUGGAGACAUGCUUAAGGGGCGCAAUGGGCUUGAGCGACGAAAAGGAUCGCAUUGUGAUAAACGUGGGAGGGACCAAGCACCAGACAUACCGCGGUACCCUACGUACCCUGCCCGGCACCCGUUUAUCCUGUCUGGCCGAACCCGACGCGCCUAGUCACUUCGACUGGGACGACAAACAUGAGGAAUUCUUUUUCGACCGCCACCCUGCCGUUUUCGCCCAUAUCCUUAACUAUUACCGAACUGGUAAACUGCACUGCCCUGCCGAUGUCUGCGGACCUCUUUACGAGGAGGAAUUGGCAUUCUGGGGCAUCGAUGAGACGGACGUGGAGCCUUGCUGCUGGAUGACCUAUAGCCAGCACCGGGAGGCGGAGGAAGCGCUUGAUAGUUUCGGCGGGGGUGCCCUGCUCGACUUAACCAGUAAUGAAGAUCAGGACCCGGAGUUCGCGACCGACCCGGGGGAUGGGGUUGGUGAUGAGGCAGAUGAGAUGACGAGGAGGUUGGCGCAGGGGUAUUCUACCGACGUAAAGGCAAGGGGCCUGUGGGGUCGUUGGCAGAAACGCAUGUGGGCUCUGUUUGAAGACCCCUACUCUUCUAAAUAUGCACGGAACAACCCUGAUCGUCACCAUAGAGACCAAAACAACCCUGAUCGUCACCAUAGAGACCAAAACAACCCUGGUCGUCACCAUAGAGACCAAAACAACCCUGAUCGUCACCAUANUCGUCACCAUAGAGACCAAAACAACCCUGAUCGUCACGUCACCAUAGAGGCCAAAACAACCCUGAUCGUCACCAUAGAGACCAAAACAACCCUGAUCGUCACCAUAGAGACCAAAACAACCCUGGUCGUCACCAUAGAGGCCAAAACAACCAUGAUCGUCACCAUAGAGACCAAAACAACCCUGGUCGUCACCAUAGAGACCAAAACAACCCUGGUCGUCACCAUAGAGACCAAAACAACCCUGAUCGUCACCAUAGAGACCAAAACAACCCUGAUCACCAGGCCAUCUCACCAGAGGAGAUCUCAGCCGCCCAGUGAGAGAGAAACGGCCUUGUGUCUCGUCACCACAGCUGCAGAACGACCCAACCACAAAGGGGGUAGAGUCAGGAGGGAGACCACCCAGCGACAGCCUCGGAGCAGACCAGCAGCAUCAGACUCAGUUUGUGUAAUGAACCAUGGUGUUCCCACCACAAUAUGUCUGUCCCAUAAUAAGACCCCCUCACCGCAACACCAGCCACCCACCUGAUAACACAUUAGCCUCGUUUGUUGUGUGUGUGUUAAAAUUAGUUUUAAAUAAUUGCGUGUUAGUGGCAACCUGUACCUCACAGACUAAAUGGCAUCCUAAUCCCUUUAAAUACCCACACCUGAUCAAAAUUAGUGCACUACAUAGGGAAUAGGGUGCCAUUUGGUUUUAAGAUGCAGCCUAACUCAGCAUAGGGAGUGUUGUUGUCAAGCCUCAUGUAGGUCAGUAUCUGUGAUUGGUUAUUGUGCUGUAACGUACUGUAAUGUUCUGUGCCUAUUGUUGGUAUGUAUGUGCCUAGUGCCUGUAUAUAAGCUUGUGUGUGCAAAAGUUGUGUACUAGUACWCCUAAAUGUUUAUUUUGAKUGAUUAUCAAAUAUUUGUGUGCUGCUUCUGUUUUAAAAUAAUAAUAAUAAUAAACUGUUAGAUAAAUUCUAUCACCCCCCUUCCUCAACAGAUUAUCACUUAUGUCAGCCAGACAAAACCGAGUUAACAGCAAGUCUUUACAUAGUAAAGUUGCACUGUCAUUGUCACAUAAUAAUAAUAAUAAUAAGCCUUUUGGACUGUUUGCACCUGUGAAAUUAAAAAUUCCUUCCAUUAUACUUUAUGAGAUAAAGUUAGGAUUUAAAUACUGUUUGUUUCUCCACACAGGAGACCAAACACACACAAAAAAAGUGCGAUAUAAUUAUUUCUAAAACACACCACUCAUUUCCUUGCUGUUGAUCACUAAUCCAAGGCAUUACAACAACCAGAUCUGCUGUUACCAAAGCGGUCAGUUAAAAACCUACAACUGUGUCGUUUAAGCAAAUUCCCCUUUAGGGCUAACUCCCUGAUAGGCUAAAUGUGUGUGUGACAUUUAGCCUAUCAAGUAGCAACACAAGAUUGCAGUUGAACAACAAUGUGUAUAUCCUUCUUAUUCAAUGUCAUGGAUGUAGGUUGAAAAUACCAAUUAGCAACAGUAGGCUUAUAUUUUCAACCAACAUUUUUAUUUUUUAUUUUUUACUAUCAGCAUGUGAGGGCACUUAAACUCAUAGCCAGAACAUUGUCACUUCAUCAUAGUGGAAAAGUGCCUCUAGUUUACUGAAUCAUGCCAGGGGGGAAAUGUGUUUUUACCAACAUGAAAGACUAGUCAGUGUAUUUGUUCUGCUGUCAGUCAUAUCAAUAAUCAGUAGUACAACAUCAGAACAGCUUAGGGCAGACGAGGCAGUAUAACAAACCCCCAAAAAAUGCAUAGUGGAUAUCAUUCAAAAAGUUGAAAAUACAAAAAGAGUACAAAACAUUAGGGACAUCUUCCUAAUAUUCCCACCUCAGAACAGCCUUAAUUCGUCGGGG